AUUUCUUAGUCAUGCCAACCUCUACUGCCCAUGCCACAGGCGUUUAUAGCCUACAAAAACAGCAAUUCUCCAGUCAAUUACUAUGUGCCAAUAAUACAUAAGCAUUAUUCCCUUCUAUGCACAUACUUCUUCUCCAAGUAUAUGGAGAAUAUUAAUGGAGAUCAAUGUCUGUCAUCGCCCUCUCAGAUCAGAAACGUUAAUCCCUCUUCGGGUGGGUCUGCGACUUCAAAGCCUAACACUUCGUCUGAACAAGAACUCCACGAGCAAGUUGGGCAAACGGGAAUGGAAGAUUCGGAUUCAAAGACCAUUAGUGAUCAAGAAGGAUCGCUCUCCAGUUGCGAAAGCGGCGUUUCUGCUGCUAUUUCUAAGCAUUCCCCGGUGUUCGAUGACGGGUUGCUUAGGCUGGUUGAAGGAGAGAGAGUUUACGACGGUAUCAAGAGGAGACUCGUGUUGGGUUUCGCUUCCCGUGGCGUGCAUGUAACGGUUGUCGGCAUUCAUAGAAACGGUUUUGGUGGUGUGAGGGGACAAGCGAUAUCGAGUUCGUUUCGGAUUUACUCGAAGGCAAUGGAAGAGAAGUUCGGACCUGGCAAUGCGAAUAUCAAGUAUGCCUGGUAUGGCGCUUCCAAGGAUGAGAUAGCCCAUAUUGUUUCACAUGGUUUUUGUCAUUGUGGCAUUUCUCGGAACAACGGAUUGUUUGUGGGCGGCGUUUGUCUUUCACCAGAUGAUUCACCUCUGGAAAGUGCAUGCAACUCGGUUGUUGACGAGGACGGUCUGCGAUAUCUUUUACUUUGUCGUGUUAUAUUGGGGAAGACAGAGCUUGUGCAGAUCGGUUCCGAGCAGUGUCAUCCGAGUUCUGAAGAAUUUCAUUCAGGCGUGGACAAUCUUGCGGCCCCUGGGAAGUAUAUUGUGUGGAGUACCAACAUGAACACUCAUAUUUUGCCCGAGUUUGUAGUAAGUUUCAGAGCUCCAUCUUGCUUGGCAGGGAUGCCGAAGCCACAGCGUAUUCCUACUUCAACUUGGAUGCCAUUUACAAUUCUAAUUUCAGAGCUUCCCAAGUUCUUACCUCCGCACACCGUCUCAGAACUGAGCAAGUAUUAUGAAGCUUUCAAGGAAAAGAAGAUAUCGCGAAAUGAAUUCAUACAAAUACUGAGACACAAAGCAGGAGAUGAGUUGCUGACUUCGGUCAUCAAGUCAUACAGAGCCGAGAAAGGUGGGGCACCAAACAGCCUCAAAUAAAGGGUAUGUCAAAAUGAAGUGAGGAUGGAGCAGACUACUAAUGGUUCGCUUUUGUUUGCAGAAUUAGAAGUUUAGUUUUCAAUUUCUGUCAAGAACUACAAUGCUGAUGGUUUUGGCCUACACUAGCUACUUCUAAAGGAAACAGAUGGGUUGGGAUGCAGCAGAUGCUGGAGGUGCUAGAUGGUGUAGUAUCAAUCUGAGUAGUUAGUUUUUUAAAUAAUGGUGACCCUCUCUUUUGUAAUCACCUGAUAUGGUCAGUUGACUCAGUUGUGGUAAAAAAAUUUCUAGGUCAUAAUUGGUUCAAUAUCAGUUUUGGUAAGGUUUUGAGUCC